UUCCCAGAGGGUUGUAACCAUGUUGUUGUUUUUAAAAAAAAAAAAAAAAAGACUUUUUGUAUCUUUGCUUUUUUUUUAAAUGUGGGUCCUUAUGUCUUCUAUUUUCAGAAGAGCCUAGAAAAAAGCCAAGAAAAAACAGGAAGGACACAUAGUUCUAAGAAGAAAUGUGCUUCCUGUAGGGACUCCCUUCCUGAUUCUUGGGCAAAAGUUUUGUGCAGAGACUGCAUAAACUCUCUAGUUGGGGAAAGGGAUGCAGAACAGGAGGAUAGUCUAGCUGCUUCAGUUAAGGAACUGGCCUCUACCUUUUCCUCUUUCAAAACCUUGUUUGAAAGGGUGCAACCCCCCCUGGUACCCACACAGGUUACAGCCCACCCUGGUGUUCAGGGUCCUGCACCUGCCUCUCCUGAUCCUUCAGCGGAAGCAGUUGAUUUUGCAGGCCCUUCUCAGGGGCAGCACUCCUUAAUGGAGAAUGUUGCUUCCGACUCGCAGGCAGAGUCAGGUGAAGAAGACCAGGACAGUGAGUCCAAGAAGUCUUCCAGAUAUAAGCUAUCUCUUGAUGAGGUUAAGGAACUGCUAGGUGCCAUUUACACGACCCUAGGCAUUCACACGGAUAGUAAACCUCUUAGUCUCCAUGACCAGAUGUAGAAAGGUCUAGGGGAACACAAGGGCAGGGUCUUCCCAGUGCACGAGCUUCUGGUUGAUACUGUUAAGAAGGAGUGGCAGGACCCUGAAAGAAAGCCUUUCUUUUCUCAAUCCCUUAAGAGAAGGUUUCCCUUUGCGGAAGAUUCCACGUCCGUUUGGAAUAAGAACCCUAAAUUAGAUGCGGCCUUUUCACAAGUCUCUAAAAAGACUGAUUUAGCAUUUGAGGAUAUGGGCAACCUGACGGAUGCUAUGGAUAAGAGAAUGGACUCGUUGUUGAAAAAAGCAUGGGAGUCCAUAAUUGGCAAUUUAAAACCAGAAUUAGCAGUUACAGUAGUGGCCCGUAAUUUAGAACACUGGCUCUCAAAGAUCCAAGAACAUAUUGAGGCAGAUACGGACAAGGACACUAUUUUGGCUUCCUUCCCCACAAUUUUAAAAGGGGUAGCCUACAUUGCGGAUGCCUCAGCAGAAUCCGUCCGCAUGUCAGCCAGGUCAGCAGCCCUGGCUAAUUCUGCCAGAAGAGCUCUCUGGCUCAAGACUUGGUCAGGAGACAUUGCGUCCAAGUCUAAGUUAUGUGGGAUUCCCUUUACAGGAGAUCUCCUAUUUGGUCCCGACCUGGAGUCAGUCUUAGACCGCACGGCGGAUAAGAAAAAAUCUUUUCCGUUUAAACGUAAAACUCCACAAAAAGGGAGAGGGUUUCGUCCCCAGAGACAAACGGGGGUCCCGAAACCAGAGACUCAAAAAAGGAUCUGGACACCUAGGGGUAGGGGAAGAGGAGCGAUUUUUCGCCCACCUGACCAGCCCCCCAAAAAACAAUGACUCCCAGAUCAGAGUGGGGGGAAGGUUGGGGGCCUUCCUCCCACAAUGGGAGUCUUUUUCCCCAAACAGGUACGUAUUGGCGAUAGUGAGAAGGGGGUAUUCCCUAGAGUUCUCAUCCCUUCCGCCACAGAGGUACCUGGUCACUCAGCUUCCCAGAGCCAAGGAAAAAGCAGAAGCUCUAGUGGGGGCCUUGAGGGAUCUGGAGGUCCAAAAUGUUGUUUGCAGAGUCCCAAAAGGAGAGGAGAAAAGAGGGUUUUACUCCCACGUUUUCGUGGUAAAGAAACCCUCUGGCAAGUACAGGUUAAUCCUAAACCUGAAACCGCUGAACAAGUCAGUAACAUACAAAAGAUUCCGUAUGGAGUCAAUUUUCACGGUAAGGGCCCUCCUACCACAGAAUUGCUUUAUGGUCUCCCUGGACCUCAGGGACGCGUACCUGCACGUACCCAUUGCAGAGGGGUCUCAGGAGUUUCUACGGCUAGCGAUAGACUUGGGAACUUCGGUGGUGCACCUACAGUUCCAGGCCUUGCCAUUCGGUCUAUCCUCCUCACCCCGCGUGUUCACAAAGGUCCUGGCGGAACCAAUAGCUUUUCUGCGUCUUCAGGGAGUGGGUAUAAUAGCGUACCUGGACGACCUGCUUCUUUUUGCAGCCUCUCCGGAACAAGUAUCCAGGGACCUGGAACUAACCAAAAAGACCCUUAUGGACCUAGGUUGGCUGUUAAACCUGGAAAAAUCCAGUCUAAUACCAUCGCAGCGCAUUCCUUAUUUAGGGUACACCCUGGACUCCACCCUGCUAAGGGUCUUCCUUCCAUUAGAGAAGGCUCUAAAGUUAGAAAAGUCGGUAUCUGCCCUCCAGGGCAGCCAUCAGGUUUCAAUCAGAUUCCUGAUGUCAACACUAGGACUGUUAACUUCCACUCUACCGGCAGUCCAGUGGGCAGGGAUUCACUUUCGGGCCCUGCAGGCCUUUGUACUCAGAAUCUGGGACCACAGCUCAGAACACCUAGACGUCCUGGUACAGGUCCCAAGUCAGGUAAAGAGAUCCCUCUGGUGGUGGAGAAAGAUCACCAAUUUGUCGCAGGGUCGUCUAUGGCAUAUCCGGUCUCCACUGGUUGUCACCACAGACGCCAGCGGCAGAGGUUGGGGGGCUCACCUGGGUGUACUUCCAGCACAGGGUGUUUGGGAAGUGGCAGAGCUGAAACAUUCCUCCAACUGGAAGGAGCUGAGGGCGAUCGGUUUAGCUCUCAUCUUCUUUCAGGAGAGACUUCGAGGACACCACGUCCAGGUGAGGUCAGACAAUGCGUCGGCCGUGGCCUAUGUGAACAAACAGGGUGGCACCAGGUGUGUAGCCCUGUCGGCCAUAACAACAAGAAUCUUUCGCUGGGCCGAAACAAACACCCUGUCCUUAUCAGCAGUUUUUCUAAGGGGAAUAGAAAACAGUACAGCGGAUUUCCUCAGUCGAAGUCAACUGAGGGAAGACGAGUGGUCCCUCAAUCAGGAGGUCUUCCAUCUUUUGGUCAAGAGAUGGGGGUCUCCGGAGAUAGAUCUCUUCGCAUCCAGGGAGAACGCAAAAACACAUUGGUUUUUCUCUCGGGGCAGGGGAGAGGGAGCAAGAGGGAUAGAUGCCCUAUCCCAGAGCUGGCGAUUCGGGAUUUGUUACGCCUUCCCACCCCCAGCUCUUCUACCACUGGUCCUGAGAAAAUUUCAGCUGGAGAACACCUCACUUAUCCUUGUGGCACCCCACUGGCCCAAGAGGGCUUGGUUUUCGGUUCUCAAGCAACUGACCACAGAACCCCCUCUUUUUCUUCCUCUUCGAGAGGAUCUCCUCUCGCAGGGUCCAGUUCUAUGCCCACAGGUACACAGGUGGAACCUUGCGGCGUGGUUACUGAGGAGUCCUUGCUGAGGUCCAGAGGUUUUUCGGACAAACUGACUGCCACCCUUCUUAACAGUAGGAAGAAGGAGACACGUUCUAUUUAUAGAAAAGUUUGGCUUCGUUUUAAUACUUGGUGCCAGGAAUUUUCCUUUCCAACACAAAGCCACAAGUCCGUUCUAGAGUUUCUCCAGUGCGGAGCGGAUAAAGGCUUGUCAGUGAGUACCCUUAAAGGCCAGGUCUCAGCCCUCAGUGUGUUUCUAGAGAGCCCUCUAGCCUCCAAUCCUUGGGUCAUCAGGUUCUUUAGGGCUUUGUCCAGACAGAAACCUUCCCAGGGACCUCCCUUCUCAAGUGGGAUCUAUCACUAGUUUUACAGGUGCUAACAGGGUUGCCCUUUGAACCCUUAGACAAGUGUUCGUUAAAGGAUUUAACGUUUAAAACAGUCUUUUUAGUUGCAGUGACUACUGCCAGGAGGGUCAGUGAAUUGGAAGCCCUGUCCAUUCGUCCUCCUUUUUGUGUAAUUUUUCCGGAUCGGGUUGUUUUUAAAACCGAUCCGGCUUUCCUUCCGAAAGUGGCUUCCAAGUUUCAUAGAAGCCAGGAGGUUGUGUUACCUUCAUUUUGUUCCAAUCCCUCUGGUGAAAGGGAAUUUAAGUUUAGUACACUAGAUGUUAGGAGAUGCAUCCUACAGUACUUGGAGCUGACUCAGGCUUUUAGGAAGUCAGACUCUUUGUUUGUUUUGUUUUCUGGGACCAGAAAGGGACAGAAAGCGUCUCGGCGCACAAUUGCUAGGUGGCUUAGACUAGUUAUUGGGCAGGCUUACUCCUUGACUGGUAGGGAAGUCCCUACAGGAAUAAAGGCACACUCUACUCGAGCGGUGGCUACUUCUCAGGCUGAAAGGGCUGGAGCGACGCCAGAUCAAAUAUGCAAAGCCGCAACUUGGUCCAGCUACGCCACUUUCAUCAAGCAUUAUAGAGUAGACUUGGUGUCAGCAGGUGAACAAGCCUUUGGGAGAAAAGUCUUGCAAGCCGUGGUCCCACCCUAAAUUCGGACCGGAGUGCUCGUAUAAAAACUGAGGUCUAGCAGGG